AUGGCAAAACUGAAAAUAGUCGGCGGGCGGCCUAUAACGAUGGAUGAAGCGAUCGAACUGCGCCAGACGGUAUUUGGAUCGGCAGCCAGCCCUCCACGUGGCGAAUGGACACGUACCGGAUUUACGUUCGGCCCUGCAAACCAGGAAUAUCCGUACGGACUGCGUACACCUCGAAAUGCAACGCGAGGCAUGCAGUCCGUCCUGCAGGCACACAUCAUCAAGCAGUUCAUUUUCGACAACAAGCCCCGUGAGAAAUCGGUCCCGCUCGAGGAGCUGCUCAAGCCUACCGAGGCAGAACAGGCCCUGUCCUUGUAUACCGCCAUGUCGGACAUACUGUGGAACAUUGGGGAAAAGACGAAAGCGAUCGUUGCGUUGCCGGGCGAGGCGUCCCACAUACCGCACAGCCACGUCUACUUUCAGGACAAUGUAACGGAGAAGCUGUACUUCUUCGAGUUCACCAAGCUGGACGAUCUGCAGAUUUUUAUGAAGCGGUAUUUGCCCUACUUUACUGAAAAUCCGGGCCCGGGAACAUUGCUCUAUCUGUACAGUGCUGUAUUAACGCGAGGCAUGGAGAACAUGCGUAACGAUUUGGAUGCACCGAAGGGCGCACAUCUGAUGGGACCCCACGAGGAAGGUUCACUCAACGUCAUUACGCUGCUGCUAACAGGUCGUGCAACACCGUACCUGCACAACGGUGUCGUGUACGUCGGUGACGAAGAUCAUUACGCCGUACCACAAUUCGGAAUUCUUAGCCGUGGUGCAAUCGGUCUACUGGUUUGGGAAGGAGAAAAUGAAGCGAUGCGUUCCGCAUCACGUAUGCCCGGUUCACGGCUGAAAACUCCGGCCACACCCGUAUGGGUGAGCUGCUGCUGUGGCCAUUACGGCGUACUGUUCAACUCGAACCGAGAACUGCUGCGUAACUAUCACGCCGAAAAGCGAUUCGAGCUGCAUUACUACACUUGCGCCGGUUGUUACCUUUCGAUGACCGUCGAUAACCGCGGACAGGACGAGGGUGGCGGCGACACCGGUGACCAGGACGGGGACCGGAAACGGGACGAUAUGGUGUCUACGCCGCUGGAAAGACUUAUACACACGAAAUGGAUGGACGCCAAGAUCACGUACCAUGGCGCAUUGCCCGCCUCGUUGAACUUCUAA